GCGAACAGGCACCGUAGUUGGGUACUUGUUUUUCGCGUUUUCCACCUCGCUCGCAGCUUGCGCAACCAGAGUCCCCAUGCGGACCGAGUCCAGCAGGGAGAAGUGUACGACGGGCGUGCACAAAAUCGCAGUAGGUAUUGGCUUCGCGUAGUUUCCAGUGACAGGGAGCAGCAGUCGUGCAUUCUCUAUUUUCCAGCAGUGGUGGUCAUUCCAACUGCGGGCUGGGCUGUCUGCGGCUCCCGAUAUGGUCGUCGCGCGCAUGCAUGGGGCGUGACCCUCCCGGGGGGAAAAAACCGCCUUCCUUGUCCUUUUCACGUGUCCGUCGUGGGCACCACUAAACCGGCGUGGUCAGCUUCCUCAAAUAAAACAGGAACGUAUGCAUUUUGUGGUCUUCGAAUAGGAAUGAACGAGGAGAAAAAAGCGACCGAUUGCCACGCAGUCAAGAACACCGGUGAAUCUGUUGGAAACGACGGGACAACCAUAGGCGGAUGA